GUCCUGCGUGGCACCAACCUUCUCUGCUACCGGCACCCCCAGGAUGUGGAGGGCCCGGAAGAGGCUGCCUUCACCAUUGCCAUCAACAAGGAGACGCGCAUCCGGGCCAGCGAGAAGAGCCCCAGGGGGCCCGUCCGCUGCAUGUCAGUGACCAACCACUACGGAGAUGAGGAAGUCACCCACACGCUGCAGGCCGAGUCUCCCGCGGAGGCCCAGCGCUGGAUGGAGGUCUUCUGGCAGCACUUCUACGACAUGAGCCAGUGGAAGCACUGCUGCGAUGAAGUGAUGACAGUGGAGGUGCCAUCUCCGCGCCGCCCUCCGAUGCUGCUGCCCAAGCAGGGAUCCCUGUACCACGAGAUGGCUAUUGAGCCGGCUGAUGACAUCGAGGCAGUGACCGAGAUCCUGGCCCGGCGGGUCUCGGACCUAGGCGAGCCCGUGUGGCUCUCUCUCUUCGAGGGCUCCUCCCCCAACGGCAUCGCUCCCAACUGCAACUCGGGCACUGUCCCGUGCCCCCCGCAGCCCCCCUGGGGCCGGCCUCGCACCUUCUCACUGGACGCCAAGCUCAGCAGGCUGAAGGGGCGCGCAGGCCGCCCGCCGCCUUCCCCUCUGCCCAAGGCCCACGGCCUUUCGUGCUCCAGCUCAGGGUCGUCCAGCAGCUGCAGCUCAACUCCAGACUCCUCGGAGCGGACCCUGCAGACCCACGCCCAGCCCUGGUUCGACCCUCGCUUGUGGCUGCAGUCCCAGGUCUGAAGGCUACCGAGAGCCGAGGGUCUGCCUUCUUCGGGGGGGUGGGCUUCACCUUUCAGAGACACACCGGCCGAGGCCACAGUCCCCAUCCCUGCCCCCAAUGAGGGGCUGACCUGGCUAGCGAAGCAGCUGGCCACGGAAUUGGGUGGGGGAGGGCGGCAAGGCCCCUCCGUCUUCAGGAGAAAUGCACCUUGCUUCCCCUUGUAAGAAACUGGAAUAUGCGCCGUUGAACCCGAAGAGAGGCCGAGCUCUUUCCUUGCCGUGGGCCGAGGGUCCCCAUUUGCCUUCAGCCCGGCCUCUUCCUGACACCCGCAACCCCUCCUCUCAAGCUGCAGGGAUUGGCAUGGAGGACGAAGUGGGGUGGGCGGCCCUUCCCUCCAAGCUGCUCCCUGUGGGGCUCAGCGGCCUCCCUUCCUGUGAAUGCGCAUUAAAGUGUACUGAC